AUGAGAAUUAGCCGAGAAAAUUCUAGACUUUCUGGGAUACAUGUUUUUGGAUUAGAUAUUGAAAUAUUACAUCAAGCACGAACUGAAGAAUUAACUAUAGCAAAAACUACUAAUAUUGACAAAAGAAAGCGACCCCUUAGUGAAGUAUCAGUAUCAAAACAAAAUAAACGAUAUGCAUCAUUUGGGAGAGAUGCUCACAAGAAAAUCAAACAGCUUAUUUUACAACAUCGGAUGAUUUCAGAGUCCGGGGAGCCAAUUCACUUACGUAAUAUGGAAUUGGAAUAUGAAGAUCAUAUUAUUAAUAUAAAAUACAAUCUAUUAUUAGAUCAUAUAAAAUUAGAUGCCUAUGUGCGUGCCUGUGAUGAAGCUUUAUUAGGACGUGAUGGUUACCGAAGGCUUGCUGCUGUAGAAGCACGAUUGACACGUGAAUAUCAAGUUGCACAAAGAAGAAUAGAAAUUACAAAAUUAAUCAAUGAACAAAUACCAAUCGGAACAAUUAAUCUUAAUAAAGAGGUUAAUCAACUUGAUGAUGAUGAUGAACAUCAAAGCAAUCCUGAUGGAAUCAUGGUUGAUGAACAAGAAAUUGGUAAUGGUGUUUAUCGAUCUAUUAGAAAUCUUCUUCAAAUAUUUAUUCCUAUUUGGAAUGAAUCAAAUCCUCCAAUUCUUCAACCAGGAGAUACAAUUAAUUUGAAACUUGGUGGAAACGGUAAAGAAAAAUAUGAAACAUUAGCUAAAGUUGGAAAUCUAUUUAAGUAUCAGCUCCAAGAUCUUCAAGAAAAUGGAAUAUCUGUUGAUGGUGUGCAUUGGCCAAUUGAAUUAUAUUUUUCUGGUGACUGGAAAUUUACUAUGUAUAAUAUAAUGGGAUUAAAUACACCAAAUGCAAGAUAUUUUUGCCUAUAUUGUGAUUGUGAAGCAAGUAAUCGUUGGAAUGUAGAUUUAUGUUGGCCAAUUAAUAAAAAUACAAAGUGUCAAAAAAAACCACCUUUAUUUCCUGCUAUUAAGCAAGAAAAUUACAUUCCAAACGAAUUACAUCUAUUAUUACGUAUUUCAGAUGUGUUAAUGGAAUGUUUUUUUAAUGAUUUAUUCAAAAAAAGGGAAUUUGAACGAGAAAUUAAAAAUCAAAUAGAACAAACCAUGAAGUCAAUUAAAGUUCAUUUUGAAUUUUUUAAAUCAAGAUCAAAUAGUGGCAAGUGGGACUGGACCUCAUUAAUGGGACCUGACAAGAAAAAGGUUUUGCAACAUUUCCCUAUUGUUAAUUUUAUUUCAGGAAAACGUGGUGAAGAAAUUCAAAAACUAUGGCGUGAUUUUUAUGAUUUAUACUUAGUUUUGAGAAGUCCUAAUCUAACAUAUUCAGAAAUUGAUAAUUUCGAAAAUAAAGCAAAGCAAUGGAUUAAAUUGUUUUGUCGGCCAAGUCAGGGGCAAAUGAACUCAGCAUCACAAAUACCGGGUUUAUAUAGAAAAGAGGAUGUUACCCCUUAUAUGCAUGUUUUUUCCCAGCACAUUCCAGAAUUUUUGCGAAAUCUAAAGGAAAAAAAUAUGGGAUUGCGGGUUUUUUCUACUUCAAGCAUUGAAAAAAAAAACCAUAAUCAGGUUAGACUAUUUUUUUGUGGAACAACUAUGGGUGGUGGAACCAGAGGAAAACCUGUAGUAUAUGAUAUUAUGGAGUUUGAAAAUCGUCAGUUAUAUUAUUUAAUAAAUAAUACGCCGCAAGAAAUUCUGAUGCGACAUAUUGAUGCAGGGGACAAAGAAAACAAAGACUAA